AUGUCUUCGACAAAAAUGAAUCAUGAUCAACUCCCAGUACAGGUUCAGCGUUGCUUGGGCUCUUCAAAAUAUAUUCAAUUGGCAACAUGCUUUCAAGAUCAGCCCCAUUCGUCCUUGAUGAUUUUUACUUACGUGCCUGCUGGACAAGCCCUUCCAUAUGAAGCUGAUGACUGUAUCAUCCUUACGACAGGAGAAAGCAGCAAGAAGUUUUUCAAUAUCAGUUCGAAUCCUCGAGUAUCUUUGCUAGUCCACGAUUGGACUACGAACAGACAAGAAGUAGACCAGGAUGCUUCUUCUCUUUGCAGCCUGUUGUACAAAAUGAAUCAAGCUCAAUGUUCGACCACUUCUGUGAGCUUGAACGGCUUGGCUACGAUUUUGCCUAGCGGCAGCGAAGAAGAAAUGUUCUUCCGUAGUAAGCACAUUCAUACCAAUGACCAAGGAAGUACAAAACAGUAUGUCGAAGGUGAGGGUUUUCGAAUCGUUAAAGUGAAAUUGCAAAGUGCCCGCAUUAGCGAUCAACGAUUAGACCAUGUUGUCAAGUGGAAUUCUAAAGGCGAGGAAACCCCCUUUUAA